AUGCGUGUCUGGGCUGGUUCAUGUCGAGGUGGAUUUGAUUUUACACUACUUUUCGAGGAAGCUAUUCUCGAAAUACUUCCAAUUGCAUUAAUCUUAAUAAUUGUUCCUUUCCGAAUCUACCAACUUUCGCAAAAACGGCCCAAGGUUGUUGGUUCAUGGUUGCUUCUGCUUAAACUGACUGCUUGGCUGUUUUUUUUCGGACUUCAAAUCACCCAAACAGUUCUUUGGGCUCUGCCUUCCGCCGAUGGCACGAAAGCUUCUCUCCCGACAAAUGCCAUCUUGACCGUCGGUGUCCUGUUUCUCGCUGCACUCUCGUAUGCGGAACAUGCACGGUCUGUCCGACCGUCUUUCAUUUUGAAUGCAUACCUCCUCUGCAGCUUGCUUUUCGAUGUUUCUCGGGCUAGAACCCUGUGGCUGCGAUCUGCGAAUUCCUUCGACGACAUCAUUGCAACUGUCACUACAAUUUCAGUGGGGGCCAAGCUACUGCUUGCUAUUCUCGAAGCUGUCGAAAAGAGACAUAUCUUGAAGUCUGAAUUCCAAGGUUAUCCUCCAGAAGCGACUGCUAGUUUCUAUAAUCGAUCCGUCUUCUACUGGCUGAACCCUGUUUUCAACGUCGGAUUUAGCAGUAUACUUUCUAUUGAGGAUCUCUUUCCUCUGGACAAGGAGCUGAGCUCUGAAAGACUGCUGGCCAUUUUCGAAGAACGAUGGAGCAAAGUCAAGAGCAAGACCCCCAAUACACUUCACUUGGAGUGUUUGAAGGCGGCUAAAUGGCCCCUUCUUACGGCGAUUCCCGCUCGGGCGUGUGUAGUGGCAUUCAACUUUUCGCAGCCGCUCCUUUUAACACGAUCUCUUUCUUAUUUUAAUGAGCCGGUGAAUCAAGCGACCAACAAUAUUGGCUACGGGUUGAUUGGUGCUUAUGCUCUCGUUUAUCUUGGUCUGGCUGUUUCGAUGGGGCAAUACCAACAUAUGACUUACAGAGGUAUCAGCAUGGCUCGUGGUAUCCUGGUUACCAUGCUUUAUAAAAAGGCCAGCGCCCUCACUCUGAGCGAUGCUGAUCCUGCUAAUUCGCUCACAUUGAUGAGUGCGGACGUUGAGAGAAUUACUCAAGGUUGGCAAACUAUGCAUGAGAUAUGGGCAAACUCGGUUGAGAUUGCGCUAGCAAUUUAUCUCCUAGAACGCCAAUUGGGAAUCUCAUGCGUUGUUCCUGUCUGCGUGGCUCUUGUGGCAUUGAUCGGGUCUCUCGUUGGAAUGUCAUUUGUUGUAGCACGUCAGGCAAAAUGGCUUGAGGCCAUUGAGCGAAGAAUCUCGUCUACCUCUGGUAUGCUGGGAUCGAUCAAAGGUGUCAAGAUGCUGGGUCUCCAAAACUCUUUCAUGAAGUUUGUUCAUGGCUUGCGUCUUGAUGAACUAAACAUCUCUAAGAAAUUCCGUACUUUACUAGUGUGGAACAUGGGUUUCGCCUGGUUGACCCGGAUCUUUGCGCCGAUUUUCACCUUUGGGGUUUACGAAGGUAUCUCCAGUAACUCUCUAACUGUCACACGAGUUUAUACUUCUCUGGCACUGUUCUCGCUCCUUUCCGAUCCAUUAUUGACACUGGUCAUGGCGCUCAUGUCUUUUGCCGGAUCCGUGGGAUCAUUUGCUCGUAUUCAAGAGUUUCUCGAAAAGGAGGAUCAUAACGACCAUCGACGACAAUCACCUUUUCUUCCUUCAUUAGAAGAUCUGGGCGAAAGCAAGUUCCUCUCUAAGUCUGGUGAUAUGGAUUUGUCCUCAAGUAACUCCGCUUCCGUUGAAUCCUUCAAGCGGGGCUCAACCUCAUCGACGAUGAACUCUGGAAUGAUCCAAAAUGGAACAUUUAACUGGGAUGCAGAAAAAGGACCCGUAUUGAAAGACAUUAAUUUCAGCAUUCCUCGUGGAAGUUUUUCGAUGAUCAUUGGACCAUCUGGCUGUGGCAAGUCUUCUCUUCUCAAGGCUCUUCUUGGUGAGAUGCCCUGCACAGAUGGUAAGAUUGAACUGUCUUCAGGGAGUGUAGCCUUCUGUGACCAGACGCCGUGGCACAUGAAUGGCACCAUCAAAGACAGCAUCGUUGCUAUGUCAGACUAUGAUCCCAGGUGGUAUGCUACCGUUAUCCAGGCAUGUGCUCUUGAAGAAGACCUCGGACAAUUUCCACGUGGCGAUCGGAGUGUCAUUGGGAGCAAGGGAGUAGCCCUCAGCGGCGGGCAGAGUCAACGCAUUGCCCUUGCUCGAGCUGUCUAUGCUAGACGAAAGAUUAUAAUUUUGGACGAUGCGCUGAGUGGGCUUGAUGCUACUACGGAAAAUCGCAUAUUUCACAGCCUUUUCGGUCAUAUGGGACUCUUGAGAGAGACUGGAACCUCUAUUAUUGUCGCUUCAUCUUCCGUGAAACGUCUUCCUUACACUGAUCACAUUGUCGUUCUCGACACCGAAGGCCGUAUAAUGGAACAGGGAAGCUUCAGUGCUCUGAACAAAACCGGUGGCUACGUUUCCAGCUUUGGGCUCACUGCCGCCGAUUGGGAUUAUAAGCCCAAACGCUUCUCUGAGUCUCCCAGUUACAGCACUAUUGACUCCAUUGAAAAGGAGAAAGAAUUUCUGGAGCCAGAGCCACUGAACCGAGCCACCGGAAGUGAUCUUGGAAUCUAUACCUAUUAUAUCAAUGCAAUUGGAUGGUUUCCUGCUCUGGUCUUCGUGGUUGCGAUGGCGGGCUUUGUGUUCUGCAUUUCGUUCCCCACGAUUUGGGUGCAGUGGUGGGCUGAGUCUGACACGAUCCACCCCAGGGAACGUGUCGGUUAUUACCUUGGAAUUUAUGUGAUGUUGGGCUGUGUUGCUAUGAUCUCCCUGAUUGUGGGUUGUUGGCAAAUGAUCAUUACUAUGGUACCCAAGUCUGGAGAAUUCUUCCACCGUCGACUCUUGACUACCGUCCUCAGUGCACCGAUGCUGUUCUUCUCCACAACAGACAGUGGCUCCAUUCUCAACAGAUUCAGUCAGGACCUCCAACUCAUUGACAUGGAGCUGCCUAUUGCGGCUAUCAACACUAUUGCCACUGUAUUUCUCUGCAUGGCGCAGAUGGCUCUGAUCGGUGUCGGGUCGAAGUAUGCCGCCAUUUCUUUCCCACUUGUUCUUGGAGUUCUCUUCCUCAUCCAAAAACUCUACCUAAGAACUUCGCGUCAGCUUCGUUACAUGGAUCUUGAAGCUAAGGCUCCUCUGUUUACCCAUUUUACGGAUUCUCUCCAAGGACUUGUCACUUUGAGGGCUUUUGGCUGGCAACAUGGUAUGGAGAAGAAAAAUAUUCAGCUUUUGGACACUUCACAGCGGCCAUUUUACUAUAUGUUUGCUAUCCAGAGGUGGCUGACUCUUUCCCUUGACUUGGUCGUUGCUGGGAUUGCCAUUCUAUUGAUUGUCCUCGUGGUCGUUCUCCGUGGAACUUCUCUGAAUGCAGGCUCAGUGGGUGUUGCUCUCCUCAACGUUAUCCAGUUUAGCCAAACCAUCAAACUAGUAGUCACUUUCUGGACCAACCUGGAGACCCAUAUUGGGUCGAUUCAGCGCAUCAAAGACUUUACUCAAACUGUCGAGUCGGAGGACAAGCCAGGAGAAGAUGGCGAGAUCCCUCCAAACUGGCCUUCGAAAGGCGCAGUAAGCUUCCACUCAGUUUCUGCGGCCUACAGACCCUCGGAGCCGGUUCUCAACGAUGUGUCUUUAACUGUUAACGCAGGUGAAAAGGUCGGCAUUUGCGGCCGAACAGGAAGUGGCAAAACCUCGAUGAUUAUGAGCAUUUUCCGCAUGAUCGAGCUGACGAAUGGUAUGAUUACGGUCGAUGGCGAGGACAUCUCUCGACUACCGAGGCGCGACAUUCGAUCCCGUAUCAAUGGAGUCUCGCAAGACUCUCUACUAUUCAAGGGAAGUGUCCGACUCAAUGCGGACCCGACAGGUGUCUGCAACGAUCAAGACAUCUUGGCUGCGCUGAAGACCGUGCAUCUCCUUCCCGCCAUUCAGGAGAAGGGAGACCUAGACACCGACAUCGAUGAGAUCCACCUCUCGCACGGCCAGAGGCAGUUGUUCUGCCUUGCUCGGGCAAUUCUUCGUCCGGGAAACAUCCUCAUUCUCGACGAGGCAACCAGCAACAUCGAUACCAAGACAGACGAAAUCAUGCAACGCGUCAUCCGUGAGAAAUUCUGCAAUCACACGAUCAUCUCUGUUGCCCACAAGCUCGACACCAUUCUAGACUAUGACCGUGUUGUGGUGCUGGACGCCGGCCGUAUCGUAGAAAACGGCGAGCCGUACGCGUUGCUGACAGAGCCCAAGUCUCACUUCAGCCGACUCUACUCCAGCGCCAUGGCCUCUGAAGACUCGGAUUAA